UCAAAGUGACAAUGUAAGUUGCGGUAGAUUUUCAAGGUUUUCAAGAGCGUGAAAAUAAGGCAAGCGCUAUUCGGCAGGAAGUCAAGCUAUAACAGCGAUAUGCGCAUGCGCCGCAGCUCUCUACAAUCUAGGGCUGCGUUUCUCUGCUUAAAACGAUGAACAAACUCCUGGAUAGCUGUUGUACGAAAGCGGCCUCGCCUCUGUAGGUUACCCUGAGUGUGAUGGCGACCUCCGAGGAGGUCACGGUGUCCAUGGGGGAGGUGGUGAUGGUGAAGACUGAUGGUGAAGGAGACCCUGAUGACCCAAAUAAGACUCAGGUCAUUCUCCAGCUCCAGCCAAUCGCUACUGGAGAUGAAUCUGCUGAAACAGAUGCAGCUGUCAUGGCUGUUGAAGCACAGCCAGAACAUACUGAGGGAGAUGAUGUUGAAAUUGGCUGUCCCAUAACAUGCGGCGACAGUAAAGCUGUGUUGCUAGUGAAGAAAUUUGUGUGCCCAGGAAUCAAUGUAAAAUGUGUGAAGUAUGAAGACCAGCUGAUCAGCCCAAAGCAGUUUGUACACAUUUCCGGAAAAGCCACUCUGAAAGACUGGAAAAGAGCCAUUAGGAUGGGUGGAGUCAUGCUAAGAAAAAUGAUGGAUUCAGGUCAGCUGGACUUCUACCAACACAGCACACUGUGCACCAACACGUGUCGCAGCACCAAGUUUGACCUUUUAAUCAACAACACACGGUUCCCUCCCGACAGCACUGGACUUGCCACGCCCACAUCCUCUCAAGCUCAGGUGGUCCUAGGUAAUGGUGGGGUUGCGGGCGAGGACAGAGCAGAGAUUCUGAGCGGGAAGGCAGACUGGAGCUCAAUCACACUGGAGUCUGUGGACAAGAAGGAAUCUAAUGAGAUCUCAGAGGACACGCUGAACUUCUGGAAGGGCAUUGCUGAUGUGGGUUUGCUGGGUGAAGUGGUGACCAACAUCAGUACAGAGCUGCUGGAGCUACUGAACGGCGUGCAGCAGCGCAGGGAGCCCGUUGCUUUACAGGACACAGAUUCCUGUCUGGUAGAGGUGGCGGUGCUCAGUAACCUCGCCCAAGUGUUCGGCCUGCUCGACUCAGUGAAGAAGAUCCUGGAGAAGAGGAAACAGCAAACGGACCCCGGCCAGGAGCAAAUCCUCAGCACGCUCACCAGCUUGGAGCUGCAGUUGGAAGAACAGAGGAAGCAGCAGCAGGUGCGAGCUCUCCUGUCGUGCCCGCAGCCUGCCAAAAGCAAAACUCCCACCAAACGCCAGACCAAGAGGCCUCGUCUCCAGAGGCCCGCUUCCACCACCACCCUCCUGACCUCCCCCAUUAACCAGCAGGCCACCCUGCAGCCUCAGCAGUUCACCGUUCUUUCCCCCAUCUCUCUGUCCUCUGUGGGUCAGCCUUUCACCAUGACAAGCCUGCCCAUCGCCACCCUGGCCCAGUCCUCCAACACAGUCACCCUGCUCCCCGCCGGCUCACAGCUCUUCACUCGCUACAUGGUGACCGGAGACGGAAAGGCAGACACCAUCACCCUGCACCCAUCCUCAGGCCUCACGCUUGUGGGCACCACCGCCGUGCAAGACUCCAGCCAGCUGGGCACGGUGGUGAGCCCCCUAGAGCUUGUGCACCUGAGCCAGCAGGCCAGCGGAGCAGAGGUGGUGCCCAUAGAAGGCCAGGUGGUGGACGGCACCAUGCUGGUGCAGCAAGAGGUGAUGCAGGGUGAGGUAGAGGCCGGCCAGGAGCACACGGUCAUUGAGAUCAACCCCGCUCCAAUGGAGCAGACGGUGGGAGUGAUGGAGCUGCAGCUGACCGGAGAGUCGGGCAGAGAAGGAGCGGCCAUGAUGGUCCAGAGCGGGAUGGAGGUGACGAUGGCCACGGGGGGGGAGGAUACACAGUGCCAAAUGCAGGAGGCGCAGACUGAAGGGGUUCAGGGGCUGCAGCUGGAUGCCAGUGGACAGUUGUCAGGUGUGCAGAUAGUGGUGAUAGGAGACAAUACUCAGGAAGAAAACAAGGCCAAAUGAAACUCACCCCGUUUUAUCCAGCAGAGCAGGUAUUGACUCAUGUUGAGCUGCCACAGACUCAUCAAAGUGUAAAUACACACAAUUCCCAAAUCCACAAAUUGCCUUGGCCGAAGACCAAGCAAUAGGGUAGACAUGAUUCCUUUAGGUGUGUGAGUGCGUGUGUGUGCGUGUGUGUGUGUGUGUAUACAUGGUCCUCUCAACUUCUUCAUUUUUACUGAAACAUAGGCAUCACAGCGUAGAUUAUACUGUAUGCUUAUGUUUGUUUUGAAUUUAAAGGAAUAUUCCAGUUUAUUUCAACUUGGGUCUGGUAUUUGUAUUUUUGUUUAUUUUUAGUUCCAGUAAUAAUAUUACGCUCACCAAGUUUAUUACUGUGAGGUCAAAAUGUGUCAGUGUUUCUAAAUAAAAGGUCAGACAGUGCUGGAAAUACAAGCAGUCACAGAUUAGUAAACCUGUUUGGAAGGAAAACAUCAACUGCACAUCUAUUGACAGUCUGAAGUACCGUACUUACCGUACUUGUGUGAACACAGUUGGAUCAUUACCAACAUUUUUAAGCUGUAAUAACCUUGAACUGCUCCUACCAGCUAGCUAACAUUUAACAAAGCAUUGAGAGUUCGAGAGAGUUUAAAAGAGUUAAACCAUUUGGGAGGUGGAUGAAAUGAAAAAGAAAAAAAAUGAAAAAGGCCCAGUGUGUGUAUUUAUAUUUAAACAUUCAGGAUGCAUGAAGUUUAACCUUAAAUUCGGUCAUGAUGAUGCUGCAGAACGACGUUGUCAUAAAAAAAAAACACCAACAGCAAAAAACACUCUGGCUGCUUGUGUUUCUGAUUUCGUCUGAUUUCAUUAAAGAAAUGUCGCUGUUUUCCCACAUCUCAGCAGUGACCUUGGUCAUUACAGUGUCAUCAAAACUACUAAAUUACCCAAGUUGGAAGUACCUGGAAUUGUCCCUAAAGCCUCAAUGAACAAUCUGAGGACGAGAGAAUGCACUGUAACUCUGACAUGCAGGGCUCUGAUGGUGCUGAUGUUCCCGUCACUUCACGUCCUCUUAAAUUGAUUCGGUAGCAGCAGGCUGCUAGUCACAGCCCUCUGCUGUUGAUCCCUCUUAUUACCAGUAACAGUGUUGGUGUCACUUGAGGCUGCGAUUAAUUGCACUUGUGUGUUGUGUCGUAGAAUCGCAUCCAAGCUGUAUUGUUUUUGCACUGUGUGUCGUCCUUUUGGGACUACGGGAAGAUGUUUGCAACAAUGCCUGCUCUCUGAACAUUUCCUUAGAAUGUGGCCACACUGCUGGGUGUGCUGAGUGGUUUUUCUGUGUAUAGUUAAAACUCAACUCACUGGAAAUGCAUCAGUUACGCACUUAUUCUCUCUGUGCUUUCUUACUGCCUGAUUUCAUUACAGACUCCAUUUUUUUUUUGGUCAUCUAUUGCUUUAUCUGAGUAUGAACGGUAGUAUGAUCUGCUGGGCUGAUUGUUUAAGUCAGUAUAUUAGAAUCUAAAUAUGUAUACUUAAUGUCAAAUUUGGCAUGCCUGUAUUUUCCACUUGUAAAGUAGUGUCAUAUUUAUUAGUUUCCAAACUGAAGAGAUGGGCCUCUGUGUUUAAGGUGCAGGCAUUAAUUAAUUUAUGCUCAUGGCCGUAGUUCACAUCAACAUGACCUGUUCAAGACAUGUGCAUUUCCAGUAAUUUAAUUUAACAAAUGAGGGUAUUUGCAUACUGACUUUGUAAUGUGUUUUAAUAUUGGAUUAAAACGGCAAAAAACAA